UUCAGUCGGCCAGUGGUGGUCAGAGCGGCGCGCAUUCGUGCGUGCGUGCGUGCAUGCCUGCGUGCGUGCGUGCAUGCGUGCGUGGAUGCGUGCUCCGUUCCGUUCCGUAUCGUACCACUCUCGUCGUGGCGCGAGGAAGGACUGCGCUUUCCUCUCCGAGUGCGAGUUCCGUUCCGUUUCGCGGCCGAGACUUUUUCUACGAGAAAGUGAUAUAUCGCGGGCAACGUGAAGAAACGCGGCGCGACGCCGUGUGUGUCGGAGCUCUGAAUAAUGACUCGGUUGGGGCGCAAAGUCAUCGACUCAGUACCGAGAAGAGAGAGAAGCGAUCUACGCUCGAUCGAUGGAAGGAUGAAUUCACGUUGCACUGGGAUAUUAUGUUAAUCACCUUUUACGGUCAGAAUGAGAGAGGAAGAGCUCGAGAUAUCACUCAAGGUGGUGAUAGUGGGCAAUGGCGCCGUGGGGAAGUCGUCGAUGAUUCAAAGGUUUUGUAAAGGUACUUAUACCAGGGACUACAAGAAGACGAUCGGCGUCGACUUCCUAGAGCGUGAGAUCGAAGUCGAUGGUGAGGAUGUAAGAUUGAUGCUAUGGGAUACUGCAGGACAGGAAGAAUUCGAUGCGAUAACCGCGGCUUAUUAUCGCGGUGCACAUGCCUGUGUCCUCGCUUAUUCAGCGACUGAUAGAGAUUCUUUCGAUGCUAUUCCUUCGUGGAAACUUAAGGUCGAGAAUGAGUGUGGAGAGAUACCCACAGUCCUGGUGCAAAAUAAAAUCGAUCUUGUUGACCAAAGCGUGAUCGAUGCGGACGAAGCCGAAAGGCUCGGUCGCACUUUAGGUUGCAAACUCCUACGGACGUCUGUGAAGGAGGAUAUCGGUGUGAUGAGCGUCUUCCGACAUUUAGCAUCCCGAUGUUUGCACGAGAUGCGUCGCUCCGACGAUGAUUAUCAGGACGAUUUGAGAUUAUAUUCUGCAGAACCUAGAUCUCCUUCUGUCAUCAGUGCGUUUAGUCCAGAUGGGUCAAUGUGUGGUCGUAACGCCAGUAAUGGAACGAUAAUCCUUCGACCCGGUGGCAAAACGAAGAGUCAUAAGAAACGAAAUUUCGUAAAGAACGCUUGUAGACUCUUGUAGCAAUAGUGUACGUAAUAGCAUUACAUUGCGUUUUGAGUGUUACACGAAGACGUCAAAGGUACGGGUGGUGUCUUGUAAAUAUAUAUAGUUUAUUCUCUGAAGGCGUAAACGGACGGUGAUUUACAGUGUCCGUUAGUGCAAAUUUAUUGUAUUUUAAUUAACGGCCUGCGAUGGUUUCGUGUAUAAGAACACAGUACGCAUAACAUUUGGGAACUCAUUAAUUUAAACGCAAUAGGAAUAAUCACCAUAAUUAUGCUCAUAAUGUUAACCAAAUGGUUGUAGAUUAUAAGGUAUGGAAGAUUAAUCGUAAAAUAUACAACUGUGCGUACUCGCAAAAUGCGGAUGGGAAUAGUGAUACAAAUAUGACGCGUAAUUUGUAAAUAUCUCGCCAUAUUAUCGUAUAUAUGUUUAAUGAAUUAUUAAUGUUUAACUUGCAUUAUAUUCACGGACCAAAUUAUGAAAUAAAAAAAUUAAGAUUUUAAUACAA